GCAAUGAGGCCGGAGUGAAAGACACCCUCUUUCGCGACUUCGUCCUCAAGUGCUACCGCCCGAACGACCCAGCAGGAAAUCAGGCCAGAAUCGAAUGCUUGAUCAAGUACCGGCGAGAGAAGGUCCGGUCCCAGCGAGCGAAUGUCAUCCGGGCAUGGAUGACGGAGGAGGACAUGGUCUUGGCCAAAUGGAAAUGCAUCUACACGAACAUGGACAAGUACCUAGUGGAGGUGGAAGACCGGGUGGACGACGAGAGCCUGCAGUCACUCCGACUUCAGGAGGAAGUGCAAGCAGCAGCUGGAGAGCUGCCAGACGACUUUGCUGGCUUUAGUUUGCAUCUGGCUCAGCACAUGGGGUUGGAUGACUCCCCCGGUUCGAAGCCAGAUGAUGCAAAGACGAAGCUUGAUUGCUACCCCCCGAUGGAGUUGAGCAGAUUGUCGGAGCGAGUGAAAAAGUAUAAAGAUCAUGCUUUGACUCGCAAGACAAAGUACAACAACACGGCCGACAAGCUUCGUGAUGAAGGCUGCAAGGGCCAUGAGAGCCUUUGUCUGCAACGACAAAAAACCCAUAGCGCCUAUAAACCCUAA